UGUUAGAUGAUCCCUAAUUAAAAUGUAUAAUGAUCAAAUGAUAAUUUAGUAUGCACAAGAUUGUCGCUAACAUAGCUAUUCCCAUUUAGAUGUGUUGGUGCCAUUAGCAAGACUGGUUGACCAUUGUUGGUAUAUCGAAACGCGUGUGGUACUGGACAAGGCUCUCGAGGGAUAUACUUAUAAGGUUUAAUAUUUGAUUUAUUUUUAUUUCAGCGACCGCGCUCGCGAUUUAUGGUAUAUUUGUUAACGCAGUGUUGACAGUGGCCGCAUUGAACUUUGUGUACCGUCUUGAAUUGAAUGGCAAUGUUUUGAAAUUGAUCUACGCGAUAUAUUGCCUCAAAAUACGUGCGCCGUUUCGGCCCGUGGUCUUGAAUUCUAGAUUGCUCUUCAUUUGUGGAGUGUUCGCAUGAUGGUUCAAAAUUAUACGGCUCGAGUCAACUUUUUGUUGACACUGUAGUAUUGUAUACACUCUAGAGUCGUGCUAAUCUUUAGAAUAAUUCCGUAUAGUCCAGUUAAAAGUCUUUCAUCAAGAGAAUUAGUGGACUAUGAACUAGUAUUGUAAUAUACUGGGAUGCGAAUUGUGUCUAAAUAUUUGAGUAUAUUAUAAAAGAAGAAUGGCAUUUUUUCCACAUGGUAUAAGUUGUCAGCUCAAUAGGUUUUGAAUUCGAAUCACAAGUCUAAUUGCUAAUGCGAAUUCUUGCUAGCCAUGUAAAAGUCAAUAUAAAGCUCUGAGGAUUUCAGCCCAUGUUGUUGAUUCUUUCAUAUCAAGUUGCAUUUACACCGCAAGUCUCCCCCGAAGAAGGCCUGUGAUUCUUGUAUAUGGUUUUAAUAAAUCAACGCAGUCACGAAGCUGGGACACAAUAGAUUUGGCUGAUUUGCGCCAUGCACGUUUCCAUCCAAGCUGUUCCAUCCACGGAGUCCAUAAGACCGGAAAAAAGGCACUUGUAAUUCAUAUAUAUUGAACUUGAAAAUCAGAUAAAUUGUUUAAAUUUGAUAUAAGCGCAGGCCUUGGAGAUACAAGACUUUUCUGGUGAAUUCUCGUUAAGCUGAAUAUGCAAAAUAUAAUUUUUAUAUUUUAAGCAAGGAGAUUUUAGUAAGCUAGCGAGGGUCCACCAAAAUGGGGGUAUAUUUAACCCCUUUGCUUGAAGCGUAUAGUGGCUUUUGUUGCCAAGCGGACUGUAAAACUUAUUCUGCACUCGCGCGAUAAGAGUUAUUUCUGUAUCUAAAUCAAUAGGAAAACAAUGUCUGUAUAAUUAAUCCAUUACAAGCAGACGCUUUUAAUAAAUAUCUAUUUAAAAAAUGCUACAAUAUCUUGUAAACUGAUGAUACGAGUUAAAAAAAAAAUUAACACACAAUUCACAGUGAUAUUUUGACCCUUUUCAAAGUCAGUUUUAUAACUAACAAAGGGUCUUAUCAUCCUAAGACAUUCAUCCAUUUUACCAUAAUCUAUUCGACAUAGAAUAUUAAGCUAAAUCGUAUUAUAAGUCGAGUAUAUAUGCAUUAUCCUCCUAUUUUUUGUAUUCUGCCUACAAAAGCAGCCAAGGGGAAAACCAGAUUGCUCAACGUGAGGGCCCACGCCAUAUAUGUUCGAACGUAAUUUUGGGUUUCAUAAAAACAUUGAAGAACCAUCAAGCUUAUUAUGGGAGCAAUUAUAAUAUUUUAAUCUUUUACACUUCCUUAAAUAAUUUGGCUUUUUUUAUGAAUUACGAGGACCUGUGUAAGAAUUCGCUACGAAAUGUAGUUGACUGUAGUUGGCUCAGAGUCAGAGGUCAACAUUAAUUUUUCUGCAUACAUACAUGUGGUAUGACAAUAUUUAUACAUUCAUUAUCAUGCCAAACACUGUGGUAAAAGUCGUUAAAUUUAAGGAUCAGAACAUGCGAAGGAAAAUUAAUGAAAUAUAAGCGCCAAAAGCUAUUUCCGAUGUCUAGAGCUGGCAAAUUCUUUAAAUUUCUAAAUUAGGAACUGUGUUUAUAAGUACGAGCUUUGUUUUUGAACGCACGGUUUAACGCGUUGCUUUGAUACAGUAAAGUGAUUAAAUAUAUACAUAUAAACUAAUGUUUGCUGAACGAUUUUAUACACUGCCCUGUGUGGAAUAGACUGGUAUAAUAUAUACAAAAACAGAGCUGUUUCCUUCAAAGCAACUGUAGUUUGCGAAGAAUAAGGGAAUCCAAUAUAUGAAUAGGAUGAGUUUUAUCUAGUAUAUAUCAAGAUUUUGGUUAGACCGCUGCACCGGAGUCACAGGGUCGCAGGUUCGAUUCCAGUCAGGGAUCUUUAGUUGCAUUUUUCACAAUUGUUCCCGGUUAGAUCUAAUAAAUGUAUAUAAAUUUCCACUGGAUAAUUUCCAUCUAUACAUAGGACCCUUUAUCUAGUAUAGACUAUGGAACAAUAUCAAAUGACGCAUUUGAUUGAAAGAAGACAAUGCUAGUAUAUUCGCAUGCCAAUUCUCGAAAUGUGCACCAGGAUAUAUCUGCUAUAGCUGCUUGUGUUUCGAAACGAAAGCUGCGCAUUGAUAGGGAUUCGUUUUUUCCUAUUCGUAGUUGCAUUCCUAUGAAUCCAAAUCUUUCUUAUUAUUGGACUACCUACGCGGACACAGACAACUCAAGAUUGUGUUUUAAAAUCUCGACAAUAAUCUUGCCAACAAUGUUUUGAGUUGUGUAGAUAACAUGUUUAACCUUACAUCGUUCGAGUGGGUGGAAACGCAUACUUCAAGAUAUUGAUAUCAUAUUUCUGCCAACGCACUAUGCAACACCGAUGUAAGACCUUUUGACAUGACCUAUAUAGACUAUAUAGCUCGCUUAUCUGCUAUUCUAAUUGGUUACAAUCAUUGGAGUUGAGACUUAAAACUAAUAGAUUGAUAGCGAUUUCAAAUACCGCAAUGUUGUGUUGACAAACGUGGCCUUUGCCGAGGUUUUUUAACAAACGUUGAGGAGUUUUAACGUAACCGCAAUAAGCUACUUCAAAUGUGUGGUAUAACUUCGUAAAAGAACCACCAUUUAAUGAGAAAUAUUUUAACCACUUCUGCAUGGGAAGUUUGGAAAUAAUAAAAUAGAAACAGUAUAAAUAAAGUAAUGAAGAUAGAAGAUUUAAACUGAUCUAUAGAGACCAAUAUAAUUGAUGACCCUUACCUCAAUGAGCAUCUUAGGAGAACUGUUUAGAACUGAUAGAGCCAUCUAAUACAAGCAAAUCUAGUUUAUUUUUUCAAUUAAUAUAAUAUUUGAAAUUAAGUUUAGGGGAAUACUCUAAAAUGUCAGCCAGUUUUGGAAUCGUUAUUAACGUGAUUAUAUCAGAUUUAACGUCGGUGACACGUUUAUCUUCGGGCCAACAUUGCGGCAAACGUUUUAUCUUUUAUUGCACGUGGUUAUAGUUAAGAUAUAUAGAUAGGAAUGAUAGAAUAGCGGCUUAUAUAUACGAAACCGUUGACUGAUACAACGCUUGCCUCGGGCUAAGCUUAUAGGAAUUUGGAAAUCAGUUUCUAAAAUUGUAUAUGGCUUGCAUUUCGUUGGCAGAAUUCUCAGUUGCGUUGUUCUCACAAUGUUAAAUAUUUUGAUACGGAGCCAGGAUUUUCAAGCGUUGUGUUUUUAAAUAACAAAUAACUUGUGUAUGGGCUGGAGUUAAGUUGUUUUUAUAACGUCUUAUUUGACUAAUCUGGCGAGUGCAUGGAUUCAAUUUAUGCCCAGUAUUAAAAGCGUCGGAUUGAUAGGAAUACAACAAUUGAAAAAUACAACGAGAACUUAGCAAAGGAGGCCCGACAAAGAGCCUUCGUUUGAAAGGGUCGAAGUUCUCAUUGCAUUUUUCAGGUAAGUUGUAUGACUUGUAUCCCUAUCAAUCCAAAGCUUUCUGUAAUAAAUUGGACAGAUUAUAUUUAUAACAUUCUUCAUUUUUACUCGUAUCUUAUUUGUUUUAUUUGAGUCUAACAAGAUGCUUACAUGCUCGGCUAAUGCAUGAUUUUUUUUUAUAAUUUACUAUAAUUUAUUGGUUUAAAUAUCCCAUGCAGGCUUGUAUUUCGGCAAUGACCUUGACUUUUGUACUUCGUGCGUCUACAUACUUAUUUCCGACUUGCAUCUGAUUGAUCUGAAGGUCUUCAACAUGAAAGACUUGAAUUUUAACGUGUAUGUCGUGACUCACUCUUAACACGCAUGUACUUUAAAAUAGAACUAAGAAUUGGAGUUCAUUUUCAUAAAUGUCAUGCAGAUAUUAGAUCUAUAACAUCCCAAUUCCCAUACGUUUUUUAUUUACAUUAAAAACAUGUCUGUCAGCAAAAUUUCGAUCAGGCAGUGGGAUUGUUUUGCUUUGAAAUUAACUGUGCGCGACAUUAUUAAAAUAAGGAAGUUUUAUGGGAUUUUUUACUUUGUGUCGGGUAAAAAAUAGUAUAGAUGUAAAUCUAGACGACGUUGAAAAAAUAAAACAGAAACUGUCCAUCUUAUACCUCCGCUUGCUACGAGGCCGGAGUAAAAAUGAAAAGAGAAAAUAUAGAAAUAUACAAUAGUUGCAUUUUUCGGUUAAGGUUAGGUCUAAAAUUCCAUAAUAACCUUUGGCUCGGAAUGGGUGAUUCCAGCUAUACUAUAGACUAAAUUUUGAUCAAGGCAAGAGGAACGAAAUCCAACACCACAGCUAAAAAGAGCGUCUUAGAAUGAGUAAAACUGUAAAGAUUGGUUGCUAAAUGUUGUAAGAUGAAGAAAAUAUAGCCCUGUGGCUGUGAAGACGAUAUUUUCCUCAUUUUACAACAAUUGGCAACCAAACUUUUGCAAUUUUACUCAUUUUAAGAUGCUCUUUCCAGCUAUGGUAAUGGCAUUCGUUUUUCUUGUCUAGAUCAAAACUUACAUAAAAUGUACAAGAGUUCGAGACGUUAAUAGUUCGAGACGCCCAAAAAUCUCGGAAGAAAUACAAUAUGUUUAUCGGAAAUCGAUAUUUGAAUGCCCUCCAAUCAUCGUGAGUGACAUGGCUUUAUUUGCGUAGUACUUGAUAAUAUUUGAAGCAUGCGGAGGUGAUGGGGAAAAAUUCUAGAUCUACCAAGUUCCUGGUGUGGUUAUAUAAACCUGAUCAAGCAUCCCAUGGUGUGAAGUCGUUUUUUCGCCCCCCGCGCCAACUAGGUGUUAAAAUUUCGUCAUAAAACGGAUGAGAUGGUUUUAUAUCCUCAUGUCCGUUUUUUGACCCUCUCAUCCGUCCGCCGUCUGUCCGUCCGCAUCCGCGUUUUGCCCCAACCUCAUAAAAUGUCAUCUAUCUAUAUAAUUUUGGUCUUAUAUUAAAUCGAACUUUAUUUCAAAAUUGAUAAUUAAAAUAUACCAUUGUUUCAUUCCGCUUUGCAUAUAUUUUUCUAACAUUUAAUUUAAACAACUGUUUUUUUAUGUCAUGACUGCAUGUAACUUGUUUAUGUAUGCUCGUGUGCAGCGGCGGCGGAACAGAUUUCGUUCUGGGGGGGCUAAAUUUUUUCGGCGACCUCCCCCCCCCGCCCCCCCCCGUCGCCAAAAAAAUUUCGGUCAGUGUACCACUUUAGGGGUACAAUAUAUAAAAAAAGGACGAAAAAAAUUUUUUCGGACUUAUAUCAAAAAAUGUUUUCGGAAAUACACUUUUUUUAAACAAAAUAUGGCAAAUUUGUCCCCUUAUACCUAAAUUUUCAAAAAAUAACCUAAAUUUUUCCCUAAUUAUCAAAAUUUUUCCAAAAAAUUCAAAUUUUCUGGGGGGGGGGCUAAGCCCCCCCCACUAUUACUUCUGGGGGGGCUUUAGCCCCCCUAGCCCCCCCUGUUCCGCCGCCCCUGCUCGUGUGAUAUUACUUUGAGUGUAUACCCACACCGGGCAGGCUUGGAAAAUAUGCCUGCAUCACACGAGCAUCUUAUUCACCUAAGUAUAUUACACCAACACAGCAAAUAUCUUGUUUAUGUAUGUUAUUUACAAUGAAAGACAAAUCUGUGGGGACGUUGGUAGAAGUGUUGCGUAGAAGUCCUAACAAAUUUUGAUCAAUUAUAAUACUAUAACUGGUAUAAUCCUAAUUUUUAAUCUAGUCUCUCUGUAUUUACAGACUUAUAUUGGUAGCACUGUUUGAAUAAAGUUAGUUUGUUUUAUAUAUACAAAGAAAAUACUCCAUUAAGGUCCAUUUUCCUCUCAAGAAAAAUUUCCAUGGACAGAAAAUAUUCCGAAAAUAUCAUUGUUAAAAGUUGAAAAUUUUCAAUUCAAAUUUUUUUUCCGACGGAAAAUUUGUGUCGGCCAAUCACGUUUUACAAAAUUUCUCUGAGUGGAAAAAUGUACAUUAACAUAUUGAUUUAGCGAAACAUGAUAUUAAAUUUGGCGAGCAGGUUUUUAAAAUUUCAACCUCUGCCAAUGAUGAAGAAUUACUAUCCAAGAACGUCUCUGUUAAAAAUAGACUGAAUCUUUUAGGAUCUGUUCCAACCUGUUAGCAAUCUCGCAGACACUUUUUGGCAGUCGUAAUUUGCAUCGGUUUCUAAACGCCUACGUUUUUUAGGGUGAGGUGAUACGAAAGGUCAAAAAUGUCGUAUAAUAUGUCAAAUAAGAUAUGAUAAGCCGAAAGGGCCGGGUAGGAAAUUGUCGCAUGAUAUAUUAUGGGCUAGCCCGUCUACAUCUUUGACACUCCUUAACUGAAGAUAAGUUAAAAGUUCUUUAAAAUAUUUGCAAAGAGUUUUACAGAAAACUCGGUUGUUGAAAAUAGGAUAUAAAAGAGCAUACAUAUAUGAACACUGUGGCCAGGCAUAUUUUUAAAGCCUGCCCGGUGUGGAUAUACACUCAGAGUAACAUCAUACAAGCAUCUUAUUCACCUGAGUACAUUACACCAACACAGCAAAUAUCAUAUGAACAAGCUUUCGUUGGUGUAGGGAUGCAACUGCCUGAAAAAUAUAAGGAGAAUCUCGACGUCGAAAUUCUCCUUAUAUUUAUAGUUGUAUGCAUCCAUACGAACGAAAGCUUGUUCAUAUUAUCCUGUGAUAUUAUUGACACUAUACCUAUACUGCACUAUUCCAGAUUAUAUUUUAUAUUUCAGUUUUCCUUUUGUGUUUACCAAGACUAAGGGGCCGAUUACAUGGAGCAUUUUCAACCCCGGGGUUGAACUCAGCCCUGUUAACUGGGUUGAAAUUUUUUGCGACUACAUGGACGAUUUCAACCCCGGGGUUGAAACGCUAUACUAUACGUUCUCGGCAUCGAUUUCCGGAAGUAAAAAAGCCUUUAUUUUGUUUUCUUGUAAUAAAUAGUCACUACCACGCAUGCUCGAAUAACUCAUUAUAAUUUCAGCCCUGGGUUGAAACGAUUACAUGACAAAAUUUUCAACCCAAGACUGAGUUCAACCCCGGGGUUGAAAUUUCAACCUUGCUAUAGCUGAAGCAGGGUUGAAAUUUCAACCCCGGGGUUGAACUCAGCCCUGGGUUGAAAAUUUUGUCAUGUAAUCGCGCGUUUGAUUUUGAUAGAGUUUUGUAUUACAGACAGGGCUGAAAUUUCAACCCGGUAAACAGGGCUGAGAUCAACCCCGGGGUUGAAAAUGCCCCAUGUAAUCGGCCCCUAAGAAUAGCACAUUCCUAAUCAAGGUUAUUCUUAUAUUAUAAUCAAAUAUUCUAUGAAUCACAAAAGAGCGUAUAUAGUUACAUGUAUAUGGGAUCAAACUAUGCUUUCACCAAGCGCCUUUCACCCUGAGAAUGUUGACAGGGUGGGUCAGGCUUAAUACACAAUAGUAGGUUUACAACCUCAUCAGCUGACUAGCUGCAGUAAAAUUCAUACCUUAGUCAAAUAGGUAUUAUCAUAAUUAUAUUAUUAUAUUCUUAUUACAUAGAGAAUAAUACAUGGCCCCUGUGGAAAUCAGCUUCGGUUGACGGGGUUAGCGUGGUUAAAUAAAGUUUUCUAUCUAUCUAUCUAAUACCAGAUUUAUUUCGAGUGUUGAUAUCAUGCAUAUUCAACACGAGAAACAAAUCUGGUAUUUCCAAGCACCCAUGUAUUUUUCUGUUUAUUAUAAAAACAAAAUUCAGUUAAAAACAAUAAAACGUCCGUGGCAAUGCGUUUUACAACAAAUGAUAUUUUCACACGUAAAAUAUCGUAUUUUUUACGCGUGUUUAAGUACGAUUUUUCUCAGUGGCCAAAAACUCUAUAUGACACUUAUGUUUAAUAUAUAAUAAAUAUUAUUAUUGCAUCAUUAUGUACUAUUUAAAGCACGCGUAGGAGUGUUUUAUCACAUAUAAAACACGACGCGUAGCGGAGUGUUUUAUAUGUGAUAAAACACGACUACAAGUGCUUUAAAUGGCUUCAAAAACGACUCAUCUUAUACGAGUUCAUUGGCGAAGUAAUUUUUAAAAUAAACUUUGUCUAAACGGAGAAAAUCAAAGCUAAAGUUUAUGUAAAUUAACAUGAUUUUUCAUCACAUAUAAAACCACGACACGCUUAUGAUUUUUCUUUGUGUUUUCCUCCUGAAUUAUUAAUGCUUUUGAUUAUAAGAAUUAUACGUUUUAACAUUCUCGAUUAUUUUCUUUCGUAAGAUACGUUUGAAUUGGCCACGAUAUUUUAUAAAUGUUGUCGUAUUCAUGGGAUUAGAUUACGGUUGAACAACAAGUUCCCAAAUCCCAGCAUUCAUGCAUAGCAAGCGUCGCGUGCCACCAUAUAGGGUAAAUCUAGGUCAUACUAAUUUCACAGUUUAUUACGCUAUAAGUGGUUAUCAGGGCCAAGCACGCUAAGGACUUAAAGUACUUCUAAAAUUGCUCAGCAACUAUUAAAUCAUUUUGUCCAUAAUUAUAGGGUGCACGUAAAAAAUGUUGUUGUCAGGCUUUGCGAACGGAAUUCCACCAUGAUUUAUUUCCGAGUAGACAUGGUGAUUAUGCCAUGUGUUUGGGUGGGGAUGGAAGGAAUUCCAACGGUCCAUUGAUGUUUAAAGUGUUGAUACGAAAUUUUAACAUGCAUGAAAUAAUGAAGAAUACAAAAUUAUAGGAAUAGAUAAAGCUAUCCAGUAUAAAUAAAGUUAGUUUAGUUUAGGUUUCCUCCUGUAGUAACACUGGAUCAAUAAGAGAUGAUCGUUAAUGGACCUCUAGGGAGAACAGUUUAGAACUGUUAGAGCUACCCAGUAUAAAUAAAGUUAGUUUAGUUUAGGUUUCCUCCUGUAGUAACACUGGAUCAAUAAGAGAUGACCCUUUGGGAGGCAUACAGAACUGUUCAAGCUAUCACCAUCUAAAUGUGGAGCAAAUUUCAUACACAUGUAUUGAUUAGAUGACAAACAAGCUAAAUUUAAGAAUUAAGUCACCUUGUAAGGGCAAGAGUUCAAACUCCACAUUCCUGCGAUUUAAGUACCGUGUUUAAGAGGACGACUGCACACGAGUACCUAAUUUAGAUUCGUUGGUGACAGUAAGAGACAUCAUGUUUAAAUAUAGUUCAUAAAACACUUCAGGCACAAACAUAUUAUAUAUACCAUCAUCUCUAAAAAUAAUGUCCACUCACUGAAAUUUUGAUUCUGCAUGUGUUACAACAGGAGGAAACCUAAACUAAACUAACUUUAUUUAUACGGGAUAGCUCUAUCAGUUCUAAACUGUUCUCCCUAGAGGUCUAGUAAGGAUCAUUGUUACUACAGGAGGAAACCUAAACUAAACUAACUUUAUUUAUACUGGAUAACUCUAUCAUUUCUACACUGUUCUUCCUACAGGUCCAGUAAGGGUCUUCUCGUAUUGAUUCAAUGUUACAACAGGAGGAAACCUAAACUAAACUAAAUUUAUUUAUACGGGAUAGCUCUAUCAGUUCUAAACUGUUCUCCCUAGAGGUCCAGUAAGAGUCAUUCCUAAUUGAUCAGAUGUACCAUGCUGAUAUAUAUAGCACAAUCCGCCAUACUCAUGAACAUGCUGGACUUUGGUAUAUGUAUGAUCCAGUGGCAGUGUUGCUACAGAAGGAAACCUAAGCUAACUUUAUGUAUACUGGGUUGCUCUAUCACCUCUGAACUAGAGCUGUUAUCGCUAUUAAACCUCAAGUAAAGGUCAUUAGAUGUCUUAUUGGCUCAUUAGUCCAGUCCUAGUACUACAAGAGGAAACCAGAAUAACCGGGAAAAUCCAACAGUGCUUGGCAAAAUAAAACAGAGGCGAAAUUAUUAUCGAAUCGAGCACUAAACAUUGAGCAAGCAAAACACCAGUUACACCACUAGAUGAUCUCACAGAAUUAAGCUCUUCUGUACUCCGAAAGAUGGAUUUAGGUUUUGCACGAAAACUCGGGCUGCGUUUACCAGAAGAAUGCGGAACAGUAGGAAAAUUAGCCCUGUACAGAUGUCUUGGAACAAACUCCGUUUGAACGUGCAAAUCAAUAACACAUUUGUCACAGUGGGAGCCAUGAUUCAUUUUGGUAACCCCCCAAUACUACAAUAAUCGGAUUUGCAGAUUCUCUCUGUACUAAUAUAUUCAUUUAUUUGCAAAAAUGCUCAUCAAGAUACCAUUGCUAGCCAAUUAUCGCCAGGUUGGCACCUUUCUGAAUUGUCGCACUGGUGUAAUGGGAAAAUAUUGAUCAACUUGCUUUGCAGGUCCUAUAGUAACACUAGACCAAGAAGGGGUUACCUCUGAACUAGAUCUGAUCGAAUUAUCCAGUAUAAAUAAAGUAGAUUAGUUAAGGUUUGGGUCAAUAAGGCAUGAUCCAAUAAGGCAUGAUCCUUACUGGAACCUCGAACAGAACAAUUUAGAACUGAUAGAGCUAUCCAGUAUAAAUGAAGUUAGUUUAAGUUUCCUCCUGUAGUAACACUGGAUCAAUAAAAGAUGAUCCUUACUGGACCUCUAGGAAGAACAGUUUAGAACUGAUAGAGCUAUCCAGUAUAAAUGAAGUUAGUUUAAGUUUCCUCCUGUAGUAACAUUGGAUCAAUAAGGGAUGGUUCUUACUGGACCUCUAGGGAGAACCACUGCGGAGAACAGUUUAGAACUGAUGAGGCAAUCCAAUCGCUUAUACCCCUUGCUAUUUCACACGUCUGCGCGGAUUUUCCUUUAAUGAAAGCCACUUGUCUGCUAAGGUGAAAGGGUCAAUUUCAUAUUCUUUCAUCAAUUAAAAUUACUACCAUAUUCUCCAUUCGUUUUAGGCUCAUUCCAUGUUCGUAACUUCAUGGCGACGUGACAGACCGAUCUUUGUACCCCGCCUUUGACUUGGAAAAUACAGGAAUUAAAGAUACUGGCUUCCUUAUCAAAACAGAAUUUUUGAGAAAUCGUGUUUUCAAAAACAUCAGCUUAAUCUGUCUAUUCGAAGGAUUCAAGAGGCACAAAGCUUUACCGAGAAACAACGGCUAAUUUGGUUUCUGUCUCCUGCAUUUAAGAAACACAAAAGGGUCAUCUGAAAAAAAUUAGUGCUUUUGUCAAGCAGGAAUUUUUUGAACGGCGUCGUGGUCUGUUUCGUAUAUUGCUUAUUGAAAGUCAUUGGAUUAAAAUAGCACUGGUGCUCUUUUGGAAACAUAACAUAUCUGUGUAUUCGUCGUUUGGUUAAAAUAACUUUUCUGUUUGUCAUUUGGAAGCGAAUUGGAGAGUUAUUCAGGCGAAGAAUACGUGGAAAAGUUCUGGUUUAGUAUUUGAAAAGGAAAUAUACUUCAAAUUUUUUAGACGAAUUUGUGUGAUAGCAAAGAUAUUUCACGGUGCAAAAAUAUAUCAAUUUUAAGAAGAUUAUAUUAUGGCAUCGAUAUUUUGGAAUGUUAUACUGCUAUCUUUAUUCUUUUGCGCGAGUUACGGGACUCAAGUGAAGUGGACAAUUUCUUUACCUAACAAAUGUGUAGCAAACGACACCGUGUCUGGAGUCUGUGCACGGUCAAGAACAGUCCAGUGUGUAAAGACAUUAAGCGGUCAGAUUAUUCCGGACUAUUACUGUAACAACGUCUCAACAAGACCCGCGUCGUUGAUCGAAUGCGCCACUCAAAAAUGUCCCGGACGUUGUGUCGUCAGCAUGUGGUCGUCGUGGCAACCAUGUGACGUAGCGUGUGCACGCAAGUUUAAGUUCAGAAUACGCAGCGUACGAUGGCGUGACAACGAUGCAGUCGCGUGUCCACCGUUAUUGGAGAAGUCACCUUGCUCCCAAUGCGCUGGAAAUUCUAAUGCGUUUUACUUAUGGUUGGUUGGAGAUUGGGGCAAUUGCCGCGCUUUUACGACGGUACCAGUUUAUAAGCUUAACGCCAAUCAAUCAAAUGUCGCGGCGAGCGGAAAGAACUUGUGCGGAGCGAAGUUAAAAAUUGGUAAAGCGACGCGGAAGGUGAAAUGCGUCGAUACAAACGGAGUCGAGCAAAAAGUGCGCAAGUGUUUGAAUUCGAAGGAUAAAGAUGGCAGAAUUACCCAACGUCCUGAGCGGAGUAAAGUUUGCCAUUUUGCAUGUGAUUGUCACGUGUCAGCGUGGAAUGCGUGGAGUGGUUGCCCGGUUGACUGUAGCCGCACGGAAGAAAGUCGCACACGCGGAAUUUUGUACCCUCCCCAACUUGGUGGCAAAGCAUGCGGGCAUUUGGUUGAGACAAGACCGUGUAAUACGAAGUGUCCAAGUUAUACGUGGUAUGCCUCUUCAUGGGGUGAAUGUAGGAACCAAGGGGAUAUGAAUACAACUCGUUGUGGUGAUGGCUUUAAAGAACGUGUUGUGUUUUGUAUUGAAUCGAACUCGGGGAACGAUGUCCAGCCCGUUGGAGACCACUUGUGUGACGCGGCGAGCAAACCCGUUGCUAGGCAACUCUGUCAGACACCGUGCCCACGUGACUGUGUGGUCAGUGGUUGGAACGCAUGGGAACCAUGCUCCAUUUCGUGCGGGGCUGCUGGGGUUAAAAGACAGGUUCGAAGUGUUGUCCAGGCGGCGAAAAACGGUGGGGCGGAUUGCCCUAGUCUUGUUCAGAUGUCCAAAUGUGAAGUGGUUCCAUGCGCAUCGUGGUCCUCCGUCCAGUGGAGCCAAUGUAUAUCGGCUGCGCGAUGUGGCGGGGGGAUGAAGCAUCGUUUGGUAUAUUGUCGUGGGGUGGCGGGUACGUGGAAAAGGGAUGAUGUCUGUUCAGGGCAACCCACUCCACUUCGUACUAUGAACUGCACAGUGCCGUGUCCUAACGAUUGUGUGGUGAGUGAGUGGGGAGAGUGGGGGACCUGUUCCGAAUCUUGUGGCGCACAGGGGGGUGUGCAGGUCAGGAAACGCAGCAUCUUGGCCUACCCUAGCUCAAUACGGACCCCGUGUCCCUCAGCUGAUAAACUGAUCGCGACCCAGAAAUGCAAUGUGGGGAAAUUGUGCGAGAGCACGUACAUGUGGAAGACGACCACGUGGGGACCAUGUGAACGGAACGUGACUGGCAAAUGCGGGGAUGCCGAGGGGAUCCAAAGACGCGGAGUGCAUUGCGGGAACGAUGUGAGGAAUUUUACGAAUGAUACCCAGUGUGGAAAUAUGACGAAGCCGCCGACAAUGAAACAGUGUGAUGUACCGUGCCCGAGGGAUUGUGUGCUUAGUGCGUGGGGGAAAUGGUCGGCAUGUAAUGCUACCUGUCAAAUUCAAGGUAUGUAUGUGUGCAUAGGCCGAAUUACACUUCACAACUUUUGCAUAAAACUGUCGCAUGCAACCUGCUUACAACUUGAGUUGUACUUUGUAAAUCAAGCACACAACUUGCCUUCGUUGUGUAGUGUCGUAGGUGAGUUGUGUGCUUGAUCUACACAGUACAACUCAAGUUGUAUUAAGCAGGUUGUAUGCGACAGUUUUAGGCAAAAGUUGUGUAGUGUCGUAGGUGAGUUGUGUGCUUGAUCUACACAGUACAACUCAAGUUGUAUUAAGCAGGUUGUAUGCGACAGUUUUAGGCAAAAGUUGUGUAGUGUCGUAGGUGAGUUGUAUGCUUGAUUUACACAGUACAACUCAAGUUGUAAGCAGGUUGCAUGUGACAGUUUUAGGCAAACGUUGUGUAGUGUCGUAGGUGAGUUGUGUGCUUGAUUUACACAGUACAACUCAAGUUGUAAGCAGGUUGCAUGUGACAGUUUUAGGCAAACGUUGUGUAGUGUCGUAGGUGAGUUGUGUGCUUGAUUUACACAGUACAACUCAAGUUGUAAGGUUGCAUACGACAGUUUUAGGCAAAAGUUGUGUAGUGUCAUAGGUGAGUUGUGUGCUUGAUUUACACAGUACAACUCAAGUUGUAAGCAGGUUGCAUGUGACAGUUUUAGGCAAACGUUGUGUAGUGUCGUAGGUGAGUUGUGUGCUUGAUUUACACAGUACAACUCAAGUUGUAAGCAGGUUGCAUGCGACAGUUGUAGGCAAAAGUUGUGUAGUGUCGUAGGUGAGUUGUGUGCUUGAUUUACACAGUACAACUCAAGUUGUAAGCAGGUUGCAUGCAACAGAUUUAGGCAAAAGUUGUGUAGUGUAAAUCGGCCUUAUUGGUUCUAGAGAUAAUCACUAACAAAUGUAGAUCAGCCGAUUCGAUGGCGAUUACGACCUAUGUAAUCAAGUGAAUGUGCGAAUGCUUGCUAAAAAGUUAAUUUCUUGCUUUGUAUUUCCAGGUAUUCAGAUUAGUAAACGAUAUAUACUCCAGAAUGCAGAAUAUGGUGGUCUCGCAUGUUCUAAUGGGAGCCACAAUGGUAUGGAGAUAAAAACCCGACCGUGUCGGAGUAACCAACCAUGUUACAACUACACAUGGAGUGUAACCCCUUGGCGAGACUGUCAGAUUCUUCCCCAGGUGAAAUUAACCCCAUCCACUUGUGGAGCUGGGUACCAGACUAGGAAUAUAUCUUGUGUGCGGUCCGAUGGAAAACUUAUGGAAACCUCGUACUGUUUUGAGUCAAGUCUGGAGACGCCACCUAAGUAAGUGAAUACGUGAGUUUAGUUUUCAGUAUGGUUAGAAAAUCGUUUAGCACAUGAUUGGGGAAGGGGCGCAAAUCCGAAAAAAAAUAUCGAGCAUGCCCCAAACUGAUGAAAAAAUAUCGAGCACGACAAAUUUGUAAAACCAGUAUAUUACAAAAGUUCGGGAAAAAUAUUGUGCGGAGCCGAUGAGGCCCGGGAAAAAUGGAGACUUUCAAAAAGGCGCCUCCCCCCAUCAAAAAUCAAAUGGUCCGUCCCUAAGGAAGGGAUGGGAUGCGAUGGGAUGAGAUAGGAUAGGAUAAGAUGGGAUGGGAUGGAAAGGAAAGGGAAGGGAAGGAGUCAGGCAAGUAUGUAACUAUCUACAGGGAUGGAUUUACGGGGGGGGGGGGGGGGGGUGCUAUUUUUCAUGAUAAAGCAAAAAAUUAUUAGAGGCAAAAUGAGAUACAGUAAUUUGAGUAAUAACAUGAUGAUAAGUGAACAACAAUUACAAUUCAAAUACAGUAGUCAAGCGGUACUGAAGCAAGUUGAUGGGUGGGCGGCACACAUGACCAACACCAGAGCUGGCAGAGCACACCCUCCCCCCUACCAGAUUAUGCUGGAUCCAUCCCUGCUAAACUAAGUAAGCAAAAUGAUUCGUUAUAUUGUAGAACUUUAAAAGAGUGCUGGAAGCCUUGUGAUGAUCAUUGUGUCCGGUCAAGUUGGUCCGAGUGGACUCAGUGUCCGAACAGAUGCACCCGUACUGCUCCUGUCAGAUCCAGAAGACGUCAAGUGGUGAAUCUCAGCCCUGCUCGAGGCGGCUUCAGUGCGAAAUGUCCGAGACUCACUGCUUCAGAUUUUGUUGAAACUGAAGAUUGUCCGAAAAUACCAUGUAAAAGGUAAGAUCACAGCUAAUUUGAUUAAGUUUAAAAAGAUUAAGGAUAAAAAUCAGUUUAGGUUUCUUCUUGCACCAGUAAUUGAUUGACAUCAUGACUGGCCCUAAAUGAAACUCUAAGGAUAACAGUUUUAAUUCAACUGAUAGAGUUAUUACGAAAGUCACCGAACUGUGGAAUCGCAUCAAAAAUUCGUAUAUCGACCACUCCCACAAACGUCUACGACCGCGCCCACAUAUUUUUGCAUGUUUACAAUUCUAAUUUUAAACAGCCAAUCGACGUUUAAUUGCAAUUGUUACCAAGAACCUGAUUGGCUGUUCAAAAUUAGAAUUGUAAACAUGCAAAACUAUGUAGGCGCGGUCGUAGACGUUUGUGGGAGUGGUCGAUAUACGAAUUUUUGAUGCGAUUCCACAGUUCGGUGACUUUCGUAAUAUCCAGUAUAAAUAAAGUUAGUGUAGUUUAGGUUUCCUCCUGUAGUAACAUUGGAUCAAUAAGAGAUGAUCCUUACUGGACCUCUAGGAAGAACAGUUUAGAACUGAUAGAGCUAUCAAGUAUAAAUAAAGUUAGUUUAGUUUUGGUUUCCUCCUGUAGUAACACUGGAUCAAUAGGAGAUGAUCCUUAUUGGACCUCGAGGAAGAACAGUAGCUAUCCUGUAUAAAUAAAGUUAGUGUAAUUUAGGUUUCCUCCUGUAGCAACACUGGAUCAAUAAGAGAUGAUCCUUACUGGACCUCUAGGAAGAACAGUUUAGAACUGAUAGAGCUAUUCAGUAUAACAAAAGCUAGCUGAGUUUAUAGUUUUCAAUCUAUUUUUUAACCUUUUUCUAGCUACAAUUGGUAUGCUGCACCAUUUGCCAGUUGCCUACCGCUCAACAGUGCCACCUGUUGUGGGCAAGGAAGCAAAGAACGGCAUGUCUUAUGUCAAGACCAGUCAGACCUAAGUUUCGUACCUGAAUCACACUGUGACCAAGCAACGAAACCGAGCUCCCGGGAGAACUGCCUUGUUGAAUGCACACAAGACUGUGUUGUGAGCUCGUGGGGUAAAUGGGACCAACUGUGCUCAAACACAUGCGGGAAUAGCCUCAGGACUCGUCAACGAACUGUUCUCAAACAACCGCUAGGCUUUGGCAGGGCUUGUCCUAGUCUCGUAGACAAACAGCUAUGCCACGAACCUGCUUGUAUUUCGUUCACGUGGAAAGUGGGCAUCUGGAAUACCUGUCAGCUGACUUCCCAAGCUGGUAUUUGUGGUAAUGGGACUCAAACUCGUCAAGUUGUUUGUUCACCUGAUCCGGCUCGUGAUUGGAUUUGUGCGAAACAAGCGCCAAAGCCUGCCGUGGUCCAGAAAUGUUCUCUCUCUUGUCCAGGUACUGUAUGUCCCCAAACUGAUCCUUCCACCGUCAUGGACGGAUUUACUGGGGGGGUUAGGGGGAGGGGGUUGAACCCCUCCUAGAAUCUCUCUAACCCCUCUUAUAAAAUAUUCAACCCAGUGGUUCAACUCCACCAAAAUUUUGCUUCACCCCUUUGUGUGAAAGGCUUCAACCCAAACGCCUAACCCCUGCUGCAGCUCACUGAGUGGUGUCGCUUGCACCCCACCAGAAAUUUGUCUACCCCUCCUUUUAAAUAAAUGAAAAUCCGCCCUUGUCCACCGCAGCUGUGCUCUGUGGCCAGACACGACUCGUAAGGUGGCUGCGAUUCAGCUUAACUCUCGGCAUAGUUUGUCAAGAUACGAUGGUCUGGAGGCCUGGCAAACUUCAAAGCUACAAAAUAGAAGACCUUUGUUUGAUGUUGAACUGUUCCUCACCAUGCACAAAUCCUUUGUCUCAACUUCAUUAAAUAUUAUUCAUCGUGGUUGCAUGUUUCAUCUCAGCUAUCCCUAUUGGACGAUUACUUCAUUAUACGAAAAUACAAUGAACUCAAUCACCGUGACCGUGCAUAAAUUAACAUAAACUCAGACAAAAACAUCAAACAACGACUUCUGUUUAGUUUCCAGAAUAUACCUUGAUAGACUAUGCUCUCAGCUGCAACUAAGGUUGAUUAGCAACACCUACGUCUUAAACAUUUACACUAUUUCGAAUAGUUUCUAUAUGAUUUUCUUCUGUGUUGGUGUUGUGUACUCAAACAAUUAUGUCACAAACAUAAUAUUCACCUCAGUAUACAACACCAACACAGAAAAAAAUCAUAUUACUAGAUUGCAUUGAUAUCGAAGGAACUAGACUCAGUUCCGAAAUAUCACAUACUCGAACCGACCUGACCGCGUAGCUCAGUUGGCAGAGCAUUGGGCUAGUAUUCCAAAGGUCGUAGGUUCGAUUCCCACCGUGGCCAGGCAUAUUUUUCAAGCUUACCCAGUGUGGAUAUACACUCAGAGUAACAUCACAAACAUAGUUUCUAUCUGUUUCUACAGGGGAUUGUGUGGUCAGUAUCUGGACAUCAUGGAAUCCUUGCGUGCCAAGCAAAGGUGGAUGUGUUCAAAACAGAUGGAGAAAGACGGAACGUCAAGAACACGUGACUUCGGUGAAGAAGUGUAGUGGGUACGCGAUAGAAAAAAUAAAUUGCACUUGUCCGUCUCCAGGAAAGGUUGUUACGAGCGAUUGGACAACUUGUGUGCUGAAUCAGAUCCUUGGACCUGGCUGUGGAAAAGGUGAAGUUUUAAGUGUUCAAAGAGGAUGAUUUUGAACACAGCCUCGCACAAAUAGCAUGAAAAAGGGUUUCAUGUUUAAUGGGGCAAAAAUAUGGAACUCAGUCCCUAUUACACCAACACAGAAAAAAUCAUGAUUACUAGAUUACAUCGAUAUCGAAGGAAGUAGAUUCUGUUCCGAAAUAUCACAUACUCGAACCGACCUGACCGCGUAGUGAGGUUGGCAGAGCAUUGGGCUAGUAUUCCAAAGGUCGUAGGUUCGAUUCUCACCGUGGCCAGGUAUAUUUCUCAAGCUUGCCCGGUGUGGAUAUACACUCAGAAUAACAUCACAAGCAUUAUAUGUUUUGUUAGUUCUGUAUAUUGUUAGUUUUACAAUUGGAGCAGUUACGUUAUUUCUAUUUUUUAUUAGAUACCAUAAGAACAUUUUUAUAUAAUAACUUUUGAACAUACGCCCUUCGUGGAAAUCAAUAUUUUUAAUUGACAUAGUUUAAGCGUGUCAAAAUAAAAUUUUCUAUCUAUCUGACCCCAAGGUAAAGUACAUGCUCUAUCUAGUCCUGGGUCUGGGAUGAGUGCGUUCUGAUAUUCAUUUGUCCACUUUUACCAGGAAUGCAGUACAGAUCAGUAAAGUGCGAGGGUGAAAAUGGGACAAUGCUGGAUAAGAAACACUGCCCAAACUUUGACACUACACUUCCAUCACGUGACUGUGAAAUACCUUGCCCCGUGGAUUGCAUCAUGGGAGACUGGAACGAGUGGUCGCGCUGUACAACUGCGUGCGGACCCGAUGGUAAAAUCCAGAGAUCGCGAAAAGUGAUAAUGUUCAGACAAAACGGAGGGAGAAAGUGUCCAGAGGGGACACAGUUCCGGCCAUGUAACAAUAUGCCGUGUUAUACAUAUAGUCUCAGCCGUGGGGCCUGGGGCAAAUGUUAUGUUAAUGGUCGUGGGUGUGGCUAUGGUAGUCAGAGUAGAGAAACCGUUUGUCGUCGAAGUGACGGGGAGAUUGUCGGUUGGCAUUUCUGUUUUGGUCAGUUGAAAAAGUAAGUGUUAGAUUACGACAGAUUUAGGUUUCCUCCUGUAGUAAUAUGGGAUCAAUAAGAGAUGAUCCUUACUGGACCUCUAGGAAGAACAGUUUAGAACUGAUAUAGCAGUCCAGUACAAAUAAAGUUAGUUUAGUUUGGGUUUCCUCCUGUAGUAACACUGGAUCAAUAAGAGAUGAACCUUACUCGACCUCUAGGGAGAACAGUUUAGAACUGACAGAGCUAUCCAGUAUAAAUAAAAUUAGUUUCGUUUAGGUUUCCUCCUGUAGUAACACUGGAUCAAUAAGAGAUGAUCCUCACUGGACCUCUAGGGAGAACAAUUUAGAACUGAUAGAGCUAUCCAGUAUAAAUAAAGUUAGUUUUCUUCAUUCAUUAUCAUCAACGUUAUGUCUGAAUUUAGGUCAUCUGAUGAUGCAGCAAAAUUAAAAGUUCUUCAAGAUGCAAUAAACAACAGUUCACAACUCACGCUAACGUCAUCACGAGGUUGUGUCGUAUCAUGUCCCGGUGACUGCUUUAUGUCUGUCUGGAGUGAUUGGAGCGAGUGCGGUAGCAACUGCUUUGGAAAUGACACCAAAUGUAAGUACCCGAUUGUGUUGACAGGCGAUAAAAGGGCUACCUGACGUGCUGAAAAGAGGGUGGUAUUUAAUAUCACAUCGCUAUGUAACAUAAAAAUAUUUCGUUAGAUGCAAAAAAUCUUUGCGAUUAUGAUUAAGCCAUUUUAAAAAUGCCAUACGUUUUUACCUCUUAUCAUAUUAUAAGUAAGUGGGAGUGUGAUAAUCGUAUUUACUUGCAGUUGAGAGCUAGGCCGAAUUGCGAAUGACGCAGUUCAAUACGAAGGCUUUUCAAGGGCACCUCGUGACUUAUAUCUGAUCACGGCGCAUACUACGGUGGGAGGGGUCAGUUAUGGGCUACCCCACCACCUGUGAAACAGGAGUAAAGCCCUGGGCAAACUAGGAAACAUUGUUGUGGAAACAUUUGUGAUUCUCGAUGUUUCCUCGAAUGUUUCCCUGUUUGCCCAACCGUGGAAACAUUGUUGCGGAAACAAAAUUUGCUUCUCGAGAAGCAAAAAUGUUUCCUACCAUAUUCAGAAACAUUUAAUGUUUUCCUAUGUUUCUCACUAAUGUUUCCUAGUGUUUGCCCACUCUGGGAAACAUGGCGAAAUAUUGGUAGGAAACAAUGUUUCCGCAACAAUGUUUCCUAGUUUGCCCAGGGCUUAACCCACGACUUUGGGUAGAGCGUUGACUAAAUGAAGUUUGCGGCCAUCACAAAAUUGUGCUGUUACUGACUGUUUUCGCAUGAAUGUCUGGGGUCCACGAUCUCGGUGGUAAAAUGCGCCUUGCUCUGACGAUUCGCGAUUGCGCCAGCAAAGCCCUCAUCACAAUUACAAUUUUUUAUUUAUUUUUUGUACAUUUUCUUUUCCCUUGAAACACUUAUCUGCUAGAAAUUUUAAGACGUGCAUUUUUAAUGUCGAUUGAUAUCUUAGAUGUUCAUCAAGUUGGUUAAAAAAUUCUUUUGGAGUACAAAUAUUUCUGCCGCCUAAUUUAGCCCUGACUAUAUGAGGAAUUUUGUGGGUUCGUUGAUGCGAUCGCCGGGCCGGUAUUUCUUGAUUUGCCAGAUUUUGAUUUGAAAACAUUGACAUUCAACAAUGUGACAUUCAUUAACAUGUCAUUCUGUACAUAUUUGGAAAUGUUUGUCUGAAAAUUGUUGCACAAUCAUCACCUCAGAUAUUUUUGAAGCCGCUUAACCAGGGGGAAAGAAUAUUAAUCCGACAACAAGGAAAUCGCCGAAACUAAUUUUAUUAGCACACAGGCCUGAUUAGCACAUAUCCUUGCCAGUAUUUCGUCUAUAAAUAACCCUCAUAGAUUCUCUCUGUCGAAUGAUAUGUCUCAAAUUAGCAUCGGAAAUAACACGGUUCGAGAGGUAUUAAUGAAGAAUUUGUUAAUCCUUUGAACAUUCUGCAAUAAUGGUAUUUUAGACCAGUUUUAGGCGACUUAAUUUUCAUACUAUGGCCGAGACAAUCAUUCUGUUCGACUUUACUGAAUGGGUUAUUCCAGCUAUAAACUAAAUUUUGAUCAAGGCAAGAAGUACGAAAUCCAACACCACAGCUAGAAAGAGCGUCUUCGAAUGAGUAAAACUGCAAAGAUUGGUUGCUAAAUGUUGUAAUAUGAGGAAAAUAUAGCCCUGUAAAGUUCGCAAAUUUUGUAUAUAUUUGUAUUACGCGCGGUAAAAAUAACCACUUUCGGCUCAAAAAUGGUUAUUUUUACCGCGCGUAAUGCAAAUAUAUACAAAAUUUGCGAACUUCACAGGGCUAUAUUUCCCUCAUUUUACAACAUUUAGCAACCAAUCUUUGCAGUUUUACUCAUUCUAAGACGCUCUUUCUAGCUGUGGUGUUGGAUUUCGUUUUUCUUGCCUUGAUCAAAAUUUAGUCCAUAGCUAGAAUCACCAUUAUAUAGUAUGGCAGUCUAUUUAUAGGACGAAUCAUUAGUCAUAUGUAGAAUCUAAGGCCGUUCGAAAGGCAAAAAUUAUUCCGAGAAGGGCAGAUUUGCGACUUCCAACUAGUCGCAGAUCACGCGACUCUGGCUGGGUAGCCAAAUAUGGCAGCAGAUAAAUAUUAUUUUAUGUUUAUAUCCAACAGAUUCUCAAACGCGAACUCGUGUGAUAAUUUCCUCCCCAGACGCGGGUGGUAAAGCGUGUUCGUCGGAUCUCCUUCAAACGCAAGAAUGUAAAUCUGUGGGUUCCCUGUGCAUUGGCGCGCAGUGGAGGACUAGUGCUUGGCAGGGGAAUGGCACUAGAGCGGUCUGGUGUGAGACCUCAAGUGGUGUGAAAGUAACUGGAGCGUGCGCCGCACGAAAUAAACCUUCGGAAACAAAAUCAUGCAGCCCAACUUGCUCAGGUAAUGGAAUUUCGGAG